AUGACCCUCCAAAACAUCCUCGUCGUCGGCGCCACAGGCAAGCAAGGCCGUGCCGUCGUCAACGCUCUCCUCAAAAACCCCAACAAUGCCCCCCACAUCCUAGCUCUCACCCGCAACCCCGACUCCGCCAACGCCCAGUCCCUCCUUUCAGCCUUUAAGGAUGGCCAAGUCGAGCUCGUCAAGGGCGACACCGGCGAGCCGAAGGCUAUCUUCGAGGGCCGUCCUAAAGACUCCAUUGACGGCAUCUUCAUCGUCACCGUCAUGCAACAGAAGCUCUCCGAGGAACAACAGGCUAUCCCCUUGAUCGACACUGCCGUCGACCACGGCGUCAAGCACAUCGUCUUCACGUCUGUAGAACGUGGCGGAAAUGAGAAGAGCUGGACCAACCCGACUACUGUGCCGCACUUCAAGGCUAAGCAUAAUGUCGAGAUCUACCUGCGCGACAAGGCCGCUAAGUCUAACGGUGCCUUCACCUGGACCAUUCUCCGUCCGGUUGCUUUCAUGGAUAACUGGAACCCUGGCGCGUUCGCGAGCAUGAUGACGGCCAUGUGGGCGUCGUCAAUGUCGGAGGACAAGAAGCUGCAGCUGAUCAGCGUGCAUGAUAUUGGAGAAUUCGCUGCGCUUUCGUUCAAGGAUCCGGCCAAGUGGGCUGGCAAGGCGGUCGGCCUGGCCGGUGAUGAGCUCACGCUGAAGGAGGUGAAGGAGAAGUUUCAGAAAGUCACGGGCAAGCCGCUUCCUCACUCGUGGAACAUCCUGGGCAAAUUUAUGCUGUGGAUGGUUACCGAUCUGAGGCUGAUGUUUGCUUGGUUUGAUAAGGAGGGGUAUGGCGCUGACAUCGCGGAAUUGCGGAAGGAGUUCCCUCCUCUGAUGGACUUUGAGACUUGGCUGCGGGAGGAAAGUGGUUGGAAGGAGGACAAAGCUUAA